AUGCGCCCCGUCGCCCUCCUCUCGGCCGCCUCCGCCGUCGGUGCCGCCCUCGCCGUCGCCCACCCCCGCGACCCAUCUGACGACCUUCACGAACGCCAACUCCUCCGCCGCAACAUCGUCUACGACGGCCAGAUUGCCGACUCUUAUGACUACAUCAUCGUCGGUGGCGGCACCGCAGGCCUCGUCCUCGCCAACCGCCUCUCACAAGACUCGAAUACCUCCGUCCUCGUCCUGGAGGCCGGCGACAGUGGUGACUCCGUAAAGAGCCAAAUAGGUGUGUCCCGUCUUUCGUGGCUGUUCGCGGGGAGACCUGCCCGUCAGGGGACAUUUGACGUGUCGCGACGUGCUGUCCCCAUCACGGGUCAGUUGUCCCCGACGCGAGGCGCGCACUGCCCGUUCACAAGGCUUUCGGUGGCGGAGAGGCCCCCCAGGACUGCCGACAUCCCGUCUAUGACAUAUUACGACUCCCUCGUCGGCACCUCCUACGACUGGCAAUACACCACCACUGCCCAGACCAACUCGAACAACAGGCAGCUCACAUGGCCGCGUGGAAAGGUCCUCGGCGGCUCCUCCGCCAUUAACGGCAUGUACCUCGUCCGACCAGACGCACUCGAGAUCAAUGAGUGGGCGUCCCUCGUCGACAACGGCUCCAUAUGGAACUGGGACAACCUCUUCGCCGACAUGAAGAAGAGCGAGUCCUACUCGGCGCCCAGUUCGUCGGUACAGUCCGUCCUCAACGUCCAGGCGAACACCUCGGCCCACGGAUCCGACGGUCCCAUCCACGCCUCGUAUCCCGGAUAUGUCGUUCCCGCGGUCGGAGCAUGGACGGACACCCUCAACGCGGUCGGUGUCGCAUCCUCGUCCGACCCCGACUCUGGUGACGGCUGGGGAGCCUUUAUUGCCACCUCCGCGAUUAAUCCGUCCAACUGGACACGUUCGUACUCGCGCUCUGGCUACCUCGACCCCCUCCCGCCACGCUCCAACCUCGCGAUCCUCCCUAACGCGACCGUGACGAAGCUCGUACUCUCGAAUGCGACCGGCGGUAUGGCCGCGUCUAGCGUCCAAUACGCAAGCGCGAAGGGUGCCACGUCGAACAGCGUGUCUGUGAACAAGGAGGUUAUUCUGGCCGCGGGCGCCGUGGGCAGCCCGCAGAUUCUCAUGGUCAGCGGUGUCGGACCCGAGGACGUUCUCCAGGCGGCCGGCGUGCCAGUCAAUGUUGCACUGCCGGGUGUCGGCCAGCAUCUCCAGGAUCACAUCUACGCGGAGGUGCAGUGGAAGACUUCUGACCAGACCGGUGCGACGAUGUACUUUGGCAACUAUUCCUCCGGGGCGCCGACGACGUCUACGCCUUUCCUGUCGUUCAUCAACUCCGCCACGGCAUACGUCAACUUCAGCACGCUCGUGUCCGGUGCGGACACGUACGCGCAGCAGAUCGCCGCCGCGGUCGACACGUCCGCGGCGUCGCUCGUGCCGUCGCAGUACUCGGAGGUCGUCGAGGGCUACAAGGCGAUCUACAACCUCACCGCGCAGAAGUUCCUUACGUCGUCCGUCGGUCACAUGGAGAUGCUUUUGAGCUACACCGGCGCGGGUGCGGACAACCAAGAGAUUGUGGCCGUCCAGGCGGCGCUCCAGCACCCGUUCAGCCAGGGCAGACUCUACAUCAGCAGCUCGUCCGUCUUUGAUGCCCCCGUCAUUGACCCGAACUACCUCUCGCACGAGGCUGAUAUCACGACACUGCGCGAGGGCCUGAAGCUCUGCCGGAUCAUCGGGAACACCGCGCCGCUGAGCCAGUACAUGGGCGAGGAGACGGCGCCAGGGUCGAGCGUGCAGACGGACGACGAGUGGGACGCGUGGCUCGCGAAGAACAUCUACACGGAGUACCACCCGUCGUGCUCGUGCGCGAUGCUCCCGCAGAGCCUCGGCGGCGUCGUCGACGCGAACCUCAAGGUGUACGGGCUGACGAACGUGCGCGUCGCGGACUCGUCCGUGUUCCCGUUCGAGUUCUCCGCGCACCUCCAGGCGCCGGUGUAUGGCCUCGCGGAGCAGGCGGCGAGCCUGAUCAAGGGCACGUACACGAAUGUGGAUACGAGCGCGAGCGCGUCGGCAUCGGCGACGUCGGCGGGGUCGUCCGCGACGACGUCGAGUGGGUCCGACCAGAAGAGCGCUGCGUUCGCCGUGGGCGUUCCUGCGUGGACGGCGCUGCUCGGCCUCGUGGGUGUGCUCGCCGGCGCCGGGCUCGUGCUCUAG